GCUCCAGUCAAAAUGGCCAAGUACAGACUCAUCCUGCUGAGACAUGGUGAAGGGGCUUGGAACAAAGAGAAUCGAUUCUGUAGCUGGGUUGACCAGAAACUGAGCUCUGAUGGGGUGAAGGAAGCUCAGAUCUGUGGGAGGCACCUCAAAAUGCUUGGUUUUGAGUUCGACCUUGUGUUUACCUCCAUCCUUAGCCGCUCUAUUCAGACUGCAUGGCUUGUGCUGGAGGAGAUGGGGCAGGAGUGGGUCCCCACUGAAUCUUCCUGGAGGCUGAACGAACGACACUACGGGGCACUGAUUGGCCUCAACAGGACAGAGAUGGCUUUGAACCAUGGUGAGGAGCAAGUGAAAAGGUGGAGGAGGAGCUACGACGUCACCCCACCGCCCAUCACUGAGGUUCACCCUUACUAUCAUGAAAUAUAUAGUGAUCGCAGAUAUAAGUACUGUGAUAUACCAAUGGAGAAGCUUCCUAAGUCUGAGAGUUUAAAAGAAGUGUUGGAUAGACUGCUUCCUUACUGGAAUGAGAGGAUAGCGCCGGAAGUCAAGAGAGGCAAGACUGUGUUAAUUUCUGCCCAUGGGAACAGCACAAGGGCUCUUCUGAAGCAUCUGGAAGGUAUCUCUGAUGAGGCUAUAGUCAACGUGACUCUUCCCACUGGUGUCCCAGUUCUCCUUGAACUUGAUGAAAAUCUGCAACCGCUUGGCCAGCACCGGUUUCUUGGUGACCAAGAAGCCAUACAAGCGGCCAUCAAGAAAGUGGAAGAUCAAGGGAAGGCCAAGCUGAUGGCUGAGAAAUAAAGACCACCUUACAAAUGCGUUGCCCAUAACUCUCAUGUUGUGCAGCAAAAUAUGGCACUUUGUGUUUUGUACUAUGCCUACUUGCUUAGCUUUCUAUUCUCAUUGUUAGACAAGGGCUGUUGGAUUUCAGAUUCUGGUAUGAGGCCUAAUGGCAAGUGAAUUGAUUAGGCUUUAGCUAGAACAACAAAAUGCAUUUUCUUCAACUUUUCAUAGGAGAGAAGCCUUGUGUGAGAACCAGGUUUCUGCAAAUCAGUGACAGAUAUCACUGUGAUAAAUGGAGAAAAACGUUCUGAUUUAAUACUGGCUCAUAGGAGGAUUAUUAAGGACUGAAGAUCACAAAUAGUAAACCUUCCCACGGAUGGUUCACUCAAAGUCUUAACGUGGACUUUUAUUUUGCGUCAUUGGAUGGCCUCUUGCAUCGGAUAACCUAUUUGUUAGGACCCGCUUUUGUUGUAUAACUGAUAUUCAACUAAUUUUGAAUAAAGCCCUUAUUUUUAUUCU